AUGCCAGAGAUCAAAUCAGUAAACCCUCCGAGUCCCGCCGUAUCCCACGACGAAGAUAUUGGUAAGGGACAAGAUGAAAAGGACUUCAUAGCUUCUAAUGAAGCUUUACAACCGUACGCUGAGCAUGGCGCGACAAUAGAUCAUCAAAUCACCCAAGAAAAUGCUAUCCAAGCCCACCCGGAGUUGUGGUGGAGUCGUGUGAGACACUAUAUGCGCGAGCCGUUCUCUGAGUUCUUCGGCGUCUUCAUUCUCAUUCUAUUUGGAGAUGGGUCCGUGGCUCAAGUUGUUCUAGCUGGUGGAGAAAAGGGUGAAUAUCAAUCCAUCUCAUGGGGCUGGGGUAUUGGAGUUAUGUUGGGCGUCUAUGCCUCCGGAAUAAGCGGUGCACAUAUAAACCCAGCGGUCACUUUGGCAAACUGUAUAUUCAGGAAAUUCCCAUGGAAGAAAUUCCCGGUGUACCUGAUAGCCCAAACCCUCGGAGCCUUUGUUGCAUCAGGAAUCGUUUACGCAAAUUACCUAUCCGCCAUCAACGAGUUCGAAGGUGGACCCAACAUCCGUACCGUCCCAGGCUACUCCAAAACGGCAACCGCGGGCAUCUUCUGUACAUAUCCCGCACCCUUUAUGUCGAGGACCGGCCAGUUCUUCUCCGAAUUUGUCGCCUCUACCAUCCUCAUGUUCUGUAUAUACUCCCUUCAAGACAACGGUAACCUCGGCGCCGGAAAUCUUACUCCUCUGGGGCUCUUCUUCGUCAUCUUCGGCAUUGGCGCUUGUUUUGGCUGGGAGACGGGCUAUGCUAUUAACUUGGCAAGAGAUUUUGGACCACGUCUCAUGUCCUAUUUCCUUGGAUAUGGACACGAAGUUUGGGCGGCUGGGAACUACUAUUUCUGGGUUCCAAUGGUGUCGCCGUUCUUCGGAUGUGUUUUCGGCGGUUGGCUUUAUGAUGUAUUUAUUUUCACUGGUGAAAGCCCAAUUAACACCCCUUGGAUGGGUCUAAGGAGAUUGGUCCGCCCCAAAGAGAUAAAGAGCCAUGAAUCUGAAGUGUGA